AAGAUGAGCUUGGCUCACCUCUCCACCGGCCCCAUCCUGAUCGUGUUCUUGACGGGUGCGGCCUGGGCAGCCCCCACAACUCCCUCCUCCGGAGACCAGACCAAAAUCGAACGUGAUUCACAAGUGCAUAAUGAACUACCGUUGAUAAAACUAACCGCCGAAAAUAAUGGAAAUGAGUCAGCAGCGACCACUUUAGGGGUUGACCUUACAUCAGAAUUCUCAGAAGAAUCCGAAUGUCAGAACGCUUGGCAAAAGUUCAUAGUCGACUUCGGUGCCCACUAUGCAAGCGAUACAGAAACCCAGAAACGUCGUGGCAUCUUUUGUGAAAAUUGGAAAAGGAUUCGGGAGCACAAUGCUCAAUACGAAGUGGGAAAAGUGUCCUUUAAGAAGAAAAUAAACCAAUGGGCUGACUUGACAACUGAAGAGUGGAAGAACAAGCAACGUCCCAUCCUUUCACCUGAGUUUGCCAAGGCUAAGCCUAUGACAUCUGAAGUGGAUCAAACGAGGAUUAAGUGCGAGGCUGCCUGGAAGAAGUUCCUUAGUGAUUUUAGUCGGACAUAUGAAAAUGAUGCCGAAACUGAGAAGCGUCGCAGCAUCUUUUGUAACAAAUGGCAAAGGAUUGAGGAGCACAAUCUACAAUAUGAAGCGGGAAAAGUGUCCUACAAAAAGAGUAUAAACCAGUGGUCUGAUUUGACGUUUGAAGAGUGGAGGAAAACGCAAAAACCUCACUUUCCACCAAAUAUGGAGACACCGGGAAACAAAACCGAGGAAACUAAUGUAAAGGAGCAUCCUCAAAGGAAACGUUUUCCAGCAAAUAUGGAAGAACCUGGAACCUAUGUGGAGGAAACAGCAAUUGAACCCAAUGGAUCUGAUAAAAUCGAUCUAAACAAUAUUAAGUGCCAGGCUGCUUGGGAGAAGUUCCUGGUUGAUUUUAGUCCGAAAUACGAAACCGAUGCUGAAACUGAGAAACGGCGCACCAUCUUCUGUGGUAACUGGCAAAGGAUUCAGGGGCACAAUACCCUCUACAAAGCAGGAAUAGAGUCCUACAUGAAGGGUAUAAACCAGUGGUCUGAUUUGACUUUUGAAGAGUGGAGGAAAACGCAAAAACAUCACUUUCCACCAAGUAUGGAGACACCGGGAAACAAAACUGAGGAAACUAAUGUAAAGGAGCAUCCUCAAAGGAAACGUUUCCCAGCAAAUAUGGAAGAACCUGGUACCUAUGUUCAGGAAACAACAAUUAAACCACAAUAUGUGAAAGAAACACAAACUGUCGAAGCACCAAUCCAAAUUAAGGAGAAAGAGGAGAAAGCAAAUAAGGAACUUCCUGAAAACAAAAAGGAGAAAGGAGGGUCACAGCAGGUUUUGUUUCCCCCUAACAUGGAAAAACCAGGGACCUACAUUAAUAAACCGAACGAAUCUGAAAGGACUCGGUUCCCAGCUAAUACGGAAGAACCUGGAACCUAUGUGGAGGAAACAACAAUUGAACCCAAUGGAUCUGAUGAAUUCGAUCAAAACAAUAUUAGGUGCCAGGCUGCUUGGGAGAAGUUCCUGGUUGAUUUUAGUCCGAAAUACGAAACCGAUGCUGAAACUGAGAAACGACUCACCAUCUUCUGUAGUAACUGGCAAAGGAUUCAGGAGCACAAUACCCUCUACAAUGCAGGAAUAGAGUCCUACAUGAAGGGUAUAAACCAGUGGUCUGAUUUGACUUUUGAAGAAUUGAAGAAUAAAAUACCGUACACCUUUCCUCCUAAUAUGGAGACACCGGGAAACAAAACUGAGGAAACUAAUGUAAGGGAGCAUCCUCAAAGGACACGUUUUCCAGCAAAUAUGGAAGAACCUGGAACCUAUGUGGAGGAACCAGCAAUUAAACCAAUACCAACUUUCGAAGUAUCAAUUCAAAUGAAAGAGAUAGUGGAGAAAGCUAAUAAGGAACUUCCUGGAAACAGCAAGGAGAAAGUUGGGUCGCAGCAGGUUUGGUUUCCUCCUAAUACGGAAGAACCGAGGGAAUUUGAAUCCGACCAAAAAAUGAUUAAGUGUCAGGCUGCCUGGGAAAAGUUUCUGAAUGAUUAUACCCCGAAAUAUGAAAACGAUGCAGAGACUAGGAUUCGGCGCCUUAUCUUCUGUGACAAUUGGCAAAAGACUCAGGAACACAAAGAGCUAAACGAAUCGGGAGGAGUGAGUAUUGACGAGUGGACUGACUUGACUUCUAAAGAGCUUAAGAGUCAAAGUCCAAAUCUCCUUCCACCAAAUAGAAGACCACCAGAUGACAAAAGGGAGGAAACAAUAGUGCAAGUAGGAUCGCAACAGAUUUGGUUUCCGCCGAAUAUGGAAGACCCUGGGAUGUAUGUUAAACAAAACGAAGACGUACCUUUUAUUUAAGAGAUUAAAAGCACAGCUAAUGAAAACCAUAACUGAGACAACUACAGUGAAAGUAGGAUCGCAGAAGAUUUGGUUUCCAUCUAAUACGGAACCUAUCUUACUAAACCACCAAAGAAAUCAGAAUCUUUGAGUGAAAAACAAACCGAAAACGUUCCCAGCAAAUAAGCUCCAUCUUGAAGUAAAAUAAUGUACAUUUUUAAUUAAAAAUUGUAAAUAGUACGAGAAGACCCAUACCCAAUGAAAAUACCUGACUGUUGGUUGGUUUUUAAAAAUA